AUGGAUUCCAUGGUCUUUUCAUCUCCUCGUCGGAGUUAUCAGGUAACCAGAAGCUCAAACAUGGACAAUCAAUCCGCAUUUGCAAAAACUAAGGCUGAAAGCCUCAGCCGGCACGUCACUGAGUGGCGGCCACGCGCGGCAUUCUGCCAGGCGGCGGAUGGGCACAAGGAUAACGCAGUGUCACAUGACAUGGGUUGCUGUAGAUGUGUUUUUGGAUUUUUUUUUUGGGUGGGGGGGGGGGGGCGCGCGCCUGCUCGUGCCUGGUGGCCCAGCACACACGGCCUUUUCAAUUUCAACCCCAGGCUAACCUCAACUGUGAAGCGGGCGGCCCUCACAACUUUUCCAGUCCAGGCCAGCUGCAAGAUGUUCAGGCUCAGGCCAAACACAAGUUUGGACUGCUGGCCGGCACAACUUUUUCAACUUCAGGCCAGACUGAAAGCUUGUGCGGACCAGCCUGCGCAGCUUUUCAACCCCCAGCCAGCCUCAAAUUAUUUUGGUGUGGCCGUUUUUUGCUCAAAGCUGGUGAUCCGCAUGACUUUUCAGCUCCAAGCCAGACUCAAAUUGUUUUGCUCCCACACAGGUUUUCAGCUUUGGACAGCCUCAAGUUUGCUGCAUCAAUGGCAGCUCUUCUGCCCUUUCCAACCCCAGGCCAAUCUCAAACUUUAUGUGGGGUGCUGGCCCACUCAGCUUUUCACCAGACCAGCUGGCCCGCGCAGCAUUUCAGCACCAGGCCAACCACAAAUUUCUCAUAGGUUGCAGCUGCCAUGCAAUGCGCGCAUGUUGAUUGCGCAGUGA